CACCACUAAUGACAUUCUCAUUUCUCUUAUGAGUAAUAGCUAGGAUUGAAUUUAAGUGAAAUAAAACUAAGAAUAUCUUAAAAUUGUGGCAUCGCUGCCAAAAACCAGGGCUGUGGAGUCGCGUAAAAAUCAACUGACUCCGACUUUUCCUUACCAUCCGACUCCGACUCUGGCUAAAACACCUAAACUCCACGACUCCGACUACGACUCCAUAGCCGUGCCAGAGCUGUGGAAUCGCGUAAAAAUCUACCGACUCUGACUUUUCCUUACCAUCCGACUCCGACUCCGGCGAAAACACCAAAACUCCACGACCCGACUCCACAGCCCUGCCAAAAAGUGCAGUGUAAAUAAUGUAAAUCAAGGCCCUACACAUGUCAUCGUCUGUGACUGCCUAGUAAACUAGUCUGGUAGCUGUAGGAAUUUCAAGUUCCCUCUUGUAAUUUUAUUUGGAUUAAAAGAGGUUCUGGACCAUCAGUUUCAGAAAUUUGGUGGUGUAACUCUGUUUGUAUUUUGAAUUAUGCAAUAAUUAAAUGUGAAAUAAAUAAUUUUUAUCUUUGUUAAGUAGAAACAAUAGUAAAAAUUAUUAUGUUUCUAUAUUUAAUUUUAGAAUUUUUGCUUUAAGCUAUCAUUUCAAAUUAUAUUACCAAAAUUUUAGUUCUUUUGAAAAAGUAUGUUAAAUUGAUCAAUAGAUAAUUUUGCAAAAAUAUUAUUAUAUCUGUACACAGUAGACUCGCUUUAUAAUGAUCCUUAGGGGAUGUUUGAAAAUGGAUGUUGCAUCAAAUGUUUGUCGCAUCUAAUUUUUCCAAUAUCUUCCUAUUUUAUUGGGAAGUUGCUGAUUAUGCCAAACAUUUUUGGGCCAAUGUUUUUAAUAAUUAAAUGAUAGUUGAAUUAGAAAGAUGAGUAAGCAAGCAAAUGAUGGUUGCUUACUCAAACGAUCUGUGAUGGUUAUUAGAUUUUUUCAAGUGUGUAUGUAAUUUUUGUCCAUUCUAAUUCAUUAUCAAAAAUAUAUUUAUUUAUACAGUAUUUUCAUUUUUAUGUAUGUAAUUGUUGUUUUGAUUUAAAACAACUUUUUUGUGCUGAAACAUAUAUUUACCUAAGAAGAUGUGUUUUUUGUUUUUUUUUCUAUGCAGGUUUGUUGUUUCAGUGUUCUGAAAGAUUCUGACUAUUAACAGUUUCGUUAUGUCGAUAGUAAAAUAGCAUUAUGCUUAUGGGAUAAUGACUGGAACCUUUCCUAUUUAUAAUUAUAUUGUGGUUCUUCUAUCAAUAGUGAUGUCUGUUCGGCUAAUUUAGCCAUUACGCCAAAUUAUAUAGCUCACCCUCCAUUAGGCUAUAAGGUGGACAUGUCGGAUGAUUUGGGGCAAAAUAAUCAAAUCGAAAAACCUGAUUUAGUGAACGGAAAGCAUCCUGUUUGUGUAAAUCCGUCGGUCCCCAUUACUGUUGUUGAGAAUGAAGAAUUAGUAUUAAAAGUGAGAUUAGCUAACAGUCAAGAUCCUGAUUUUAUAGAAAUUGAAAUACCUCGUGAUCAGUUAACUUAUAAUUAUUUAUUACAAGUGUGCUGCAUUGAACUCAAUAUCGAUAAAGAACAGUUGUUCCACAAGAAAUAAUAGAAGAUACUUGAUAUUCAGUUUUGUUUUUAGAAAUGCAAUAAAUUCUGAUAAAGGACUAUGUCUUUAUUUUAUUUAACAGCUCAAUAAAUAUCAAGAUGUUAUAUUUGGUAGAAAGCCAGGAAGCAUUAGAAUGUUCUAAUAAUAUAAAGCACUAGUAGUUCAUAGUAAACUAAACCUAAAAUUACAAAUUAAUGAAAUGAUAAUGUUGGAUUUGUUGGGCCAUACCUCGGCUAAUUAAAUGUAUAGAUAUAAAGUAUUUUGAAUUAAAAAUAGAUGAUUAAGUUUCCAUCUUAUAUUAAAUUUAAUAAUUACGGUUGGGCCGUAAUUAUUAAAUUUAAUUGAAUCUGGCAUUUUCAUUUGAAGUUUUAGUAGUUACAUUCAAAUGGAUUCAAAGAUCAAAGAUCUAUUCAAAGAAAUUGAACCUGAAGACAAAAUUCAUUCUUGAUCAAGUUUUUAUGUAAGGAAUUUCUCUGAAUGAGAAGUUAGUUUUGCCAUUUUUACAUAAGAUGAUAAUAUUAUUUAUUUUAGGAUUUCUUCUUAAAGAAUAACUUCUUUGAGUAAUACAUAAAGUUAAGAGUUGUUCUCUGCUAAGAGUGUAUUUUUCAAUAUUCUUUAGUGAAAACAUUAUUAUUAGAGUUAAGUAGCUCAGAUUUAUGGAUUGACUGACCAUGUAUUUAAAAUAAAAACUUUUGUAAUUUGGCAGUGAAUUUGUAAUAUAAUAAAUUAUUUCAGCUUUCUUAAUUUCAAAUAUACUUUAUUAUACAGUGACUUAUGAGUUAUAAAAUGAGUCUUUUUUCUCCAUACGAAGAAUGUCGAAAUGUCCUGUAUACAAUUAUUGACUGUUUCUAAAAAUUAUAAAGAUUUCAGGAUUGAGUUGAAAAGAUAUGUUUGAUGACAAUAAGUAUUUUUUAAAAAAUGGUUUUUCAAUAUGUUCUCUAAAAGAAUAACAGAUAAUUAGAGAAAACUUAAAAGUUACGAAGAACUCUGUACUGAGGUCAAAUAUUGGUCCCUGGUCUAAUUUUUUAUAUUAGCUAAAAAGAUAUUGCUGAUGUAAUUAAAAAAAUUGUGUAUGAUUAACUUUAUGAAAUAUAUGAUCAACUGUGUUUAUUUUAUUUCACAUUCACUUUAAAA